UUGCAAGGUCUGGUGUUUGAUGUUGUAACAAAGCAAGCAUUUGAUAUCACCAUUAUGGUUCUCAUCUGUCUUAACAUGGUCACCAUGAUGAUAGAAACAGAUGACCAGGGUGAACUGAUGCGAAAUAUUUUAUACUGGAUUAACUUGGUCUUUGUUGUCCUUUUCACUGGAGAAUGUGUCUUCAAACUGUUCUCACUCCGUUGUUACUACUUCACAAUUGGCUGGAAUGUUUUUGAUUUUGUGGUUGUUAUUCUUUCAAUAGUAGGUAUGUUUCUAGCUGAGGUGAUUGAAAAGUACUUUGUGUCCCCCACUUUGUUCCGAGUUGUGCGACUUGCCAGAAUAGGUCGAAUCCUGCGUCUCAUUAAAGGCGCCAAGGGAAUCCGCACUCUGCUUUUUGCUUUGAUGAUGUCUCUUCCUGCUUUGUUCAACAUUGGCCUGCUGCUGUUCCUGGUCAUGUUUAUCUAUGCCAUAUUUGGCAUGUCCAACUUUGCCUACGUUAAGAAAGAAGCUGGCAUAGAUGACAUGUUCAACUUUGAAACGUUUGGCAACAGCAUGAUCUGCCUGUUUCAAAUCACCACGUCUGCUGGUUGGAAUAAUUUGCUAGCCCCAAUUCUUAACAGUGGGGAGCCAGACUGUGACCCCCAUAAAGAUCAUCCGGGGAGCUCUGUUAAAGGUGACUGCGGCAACCCUUCUGUUGGGAUCUUCUUCUUUGUCAGCUACAUCAUCAUCUCAUUUCUGGUAGUGGUGAACAUGUACAUUGCUGUGAUUUUAGAGAACUUCAGUGUUGCUACUGAAGAAAGUGCUGAACCCUUGAGUGAGGAUGAUUUUGAGAUGUUCUAUGAGGUUUGGGAAAAAUAUGAUCCAGAUGCAACACAAUUCAUAGAAUAUAGCAAAUUGUCUGAUUUUGCAGCUUCUCUGGAUCCUCCUCUUCAUCUGCCCAAACCAAACAAAGUCCAGCUUAUUGCAAUGGAUCUGCCCAUGGUAAGCGGCGACAGAAUUCACUGCCUGGACAUCUUGUUUGCUUUCACAAAGCGUGUUUUGGGGGAAAGUGAUGAGAUGGAUGCACUCAGAGUACAGAUGGAAGAUCGGUUUAUGGCAGCCAAUCCUUCUAAAGCUUCCUAUGAACCAAUUACAACCACAUUAAAACGAAAACAGGAAGAAGUGUCUGCUACUAUUAUUCAGCGUGCUUAUAGGCAUUAUCUUUUAAGACAGUCAGUAAAGAAACUUUCAUUUAUGUAUCGGAAAGAUGGAGUCGAUCUGCUUAUCAAAAAAGAUAUGGUUAUUGAUAAGCUAAGUGAAAACUUACCUCCUGAGAAAAUGGAUAUGUCUACAGCCUCCACAUCUCCACCUUCUUAUGAUAGUGUAACAAAACCAGAAAAAGAAAAAUAUGAAGAUGACAAAUCAGAAAAAGAAGACAGGGGGAAAGACAGAAAAGGAAACAAAAAUUAA